AUGGAGCAAGCCAGUAGCGAAUAUGUGGAGGAUGUUGGUGGCGAGGUCAGACGGCUGCAGGGCGAACUCGAGAAGGCAGAGGAGCGCAUGCAGCUGUGGAAGAAGAAGACGCAGGUCGUAGUGAACGAGUUGCGUGAUCGUAUUGUGCGACUCACCCAUGAGCGUGAUGAGUUACAGGAGGCCAGGGCGCAAUGGAAGUGCCACGGGGAGCUCCAGCAGCAGGAGCAGCAUAUACACAGUGUAGCACAAGGUGAAGUUGCUGGUGCCUCGUUGCCGUUGGUGUCUUCAUUGCCCGUCGGUGUUCCAGCCGGAUCUUUCGUGGGCGAUUUAGUGCGGUGGACAGGCGCGGCUAUAGAUGCCUCCGUCAUUGUGUUGCUGAGGAAGUCGGAGGUUGUGCUGGAAGUGGCGGCAGCCACCUCACAAGAGCUAGACAAGUGCCAACGUCGCACGGCACAGACGCUUCGACUGCAAGCGAAGAACAUUGAAGCAUUGCAGUCUGAAGUCUCUGGUCUUCAGCUGCAGUUAGGUGAGGCUCUCGCGGAGGUUAGAGAGCGCAAUCACGCGGUUGAUAGCCGUGACCAGGCCCUCUCCGUGCUUCAAAAUCGGCUGGAGGAACUUGAGGCGACCAACGUGCAACUGGAGUCUUCACACAUGGCAUUGAACAACAAACUGAAUGCGGAGCAAAUCAAUAUAUUUGAGGCGCGCCUAGAGGAGGAGAUGGAGAAUUUGCGGCGGGAAUUUGCGUCCCGAGAGAGUGGCAUCUUUGACCAGCAUCGUGACGAAAUUGAGAGGCUUGUGACUAAUUAUGAGGGGGAGGUGGCGGAGCUUCGGGCUGAGUUGGAGGAGCGGGCACUGGUGGCAGAGGCGGCAGAGAAGGCCGCCGCCGCCGCCGCCAGUGCCAAGGUGACGCACAGUUGGUAG